CGCGGUGGCCCAGCGGAAAGGUCACGUGUCGCGUCCACGCGUUGGGAGUUGCAAAACGCUCCAAUGCCUCCCGUUCGAUCCUCCUUCCGCUCUCUUCUUCUUUUGCAUUUUCCCAUUUUCCUAUAGUCCCAUUUUUCCACUUAGCUCAUCAUCUCUUUCUCUAAUUUCUACCGUCCAACUGUUUGUCUCGGGUUUUCUGUUCUUCAUCCUGCAUGACACCCUACAAUGGCGCUACCCACCACGAGGAACGGCGCCAUCGCCCUGACCGGACUCAGCGCCCGGUCACUGAAAAGCACAUUCCUCGUGAGCAACAUCCACUGCGCCUCCUGCGUCGCCUACAUCGAUGAAGUCCUAUCGGGCAUUGCAGGCGUGAUCAAGGUUGAUGUGUCCGUCCUCACGCACGAAGUCCGCGUCAUGCACAUUGCAGGCGUGGAGCCGCCCGAUCUGGCCAAAGCGCUGAUUGAUGCCUCCUUCGACGUGCACCAUGCUACAAGCUACGAGCCGAAGGGUUCCGUCGUCGCGGACUUUGACACGACCGCGUGGCUGCCCCGCGACUCGAUUUUCGCCGCCGGGCCCAGUCAACAGCAACCCGGUGCCGCGCAUGCGGCAACCUUGGCCCCGGGCAAUCGACACAUCGAGAACUGCGAUGCCUGCCGGCAGGAGGAGCUCGAGAGGCUUGCUGCUGAGGCCGACCUGUCGGACGGUAAUCUGCGCUACCAGGCCAGCGCCGAUUCCAGCACCGACCCGUCGAACGACAAGGUCGCCGGGCGCGUGUCCCAGCGGCCAGUGCCUGGGAGUUCUACAGAGGACGUGGCGUCGCAGUCACCCUCUCCGGCGAAUGGCUCGUUGCAGUCGCCAGAAGAGAAGUUCAAUGCGCGCGUGAGCAUUGGCGGAAUGAGCUGUGCCUCAUGUGCGAACAGCAUUACCAACGAAGUCAAGCAGCUCGACUUUGUUCAGAAUAUCACCGUCAACCUACUCACAAACAGCGCGGCUGUCAUCUUCAGUGGCCCGCGAGCGAAUGCCGGGAAGAUCGUCGAGCAGAUUGAGGACAUCGGUUUUGAAGCUUCGCUCGAUGAGGUCCAGAGCCUGACUGUUCCCCCGAAACGCAAGGGGCCUACGCCGACUUACGUCGCAGAAAUUGCCAUCAGCGGCAUGACGUGCGGUUCUUGCUCGGGCGCGGUCACUCGCGGGCUUGAAGAACUGCCUUUCGUGGUAGAAGUGUCCAUCAACCUCUUAACUCACAGCGGAAGAGUCGAAUUUCAGGACCGUAACAAUAUUGACGCUAUUGUGGAAAAGAUCGAAGACUUAGGGUACGAUGCUUCGAUCAACAGUGUUUCUCCCAAGGGCGCAUCCCAGGAGAGCGAGAUCGUUGAAGAAAGAACGGUUUCUGUUCACGUGGAUGGCAUGUUCUGUCACCAUUGCCCGGAGAAGAUCUUCAAAUCCGUCGAAGGCCUGCCAAAUGUCAAGGUGCAGGGUGCGCUCUCCGUCAAGAACCCCAUUCUCACAGUGACAUAUACGCCCGAACCCCCCUCCCUCACCGUAAGGACGAUACUGCAAACCAUCAGCAAAUCGCACGAGUCAUUUACAGCCACUGUAUACCACCCCCCGAGUGUGGAAGACCGGUCUCGCGCGAUGCAACGACAUGAAAGACGGCGCCUCCUUACUCGGUUCAUCUUUGUUUUGGCAGUGGCUAUCCCCACUUUCUUACUUGGGAUCGUAUUCAUGACUUUGGUGUCAUCGAACAAUCCGACUCGCAAGUACCUUGAAGAGCCAAUGUGGGCGGGCGAUGCGUCGCGCCUCGAGUGGGCACUGUUUAUCAUGACCACACCUGUUAUGUUCUACGGUGCGGACAUAUUCCACGCGCGAGCGAUGAAAGAGAUCUACUCGCUUUGGCGACCGGGCAGUCGUGUACCGAUCCUGCGGCGGUUCUACCGCUUCGGUAGUAUGAACCUUCUGAUCUCCGCUGGCACCAUGGUGGCUUAUGUCUCCUCCUUGGCUGUGCUUAUCAUGGAUGCCUCCAUGGGGCCUUCCUCCAGCACCCAUAGCUCUACCUACUUCGAUACCGUGGUCUUCUUGACCAUGUUCAUCCUUGCAGGGCGCUUUAUGGAGGCAUACAGCAAGGCCAAGACGGGUGACGCAGUUGCAUCGCUCGGAAAGCUGCGACCAAGCGAGGCCUUGCUCAAGGUCUCUGAAAGUGUUGCGGGCGGCGCAGAAACAGGAGCCGACACCAAAGACGGCGGCUACCAACGGAUCAGUGUCGAUAUGCUGGAAAUCGGCGAUGUGGUCAGCAUUCCCCACGGAGCCUCGCCCCCAGCCGACGGCGUGGUAGUCAGGACCGGCUCCUACCAGUUCGACGAAAGCUCAUUGACCGGCGAAUCGAAACCCGUGCACAAGUCAGCGGGCGACCCUGUGUAUACGGGGUCUGUCAACAUGGGACAGCCCGUUGAUGUCAAGGUCACUGCACUUGGAAGUUCUUCCAUGUUGGAUCAAAUCAUCUCGGUAGUACGAGAAGGCCAGAGCAGACGAGCACCCCUCGAGAGGGUGGCAGACCUCCUAACCUCUCACUUUGUCCCGACAAUCACCCUCAUCGCCAUUCUGACCUUCGUCAUCUGGCUCUCCCUUGGCCUGUCUGGAACGCUUCCCGAGGAUUACCUCGACGUCAGCCGCGGCGGUUGGACGUUCUGGAGCCUGGAGUUCGCGAUCGCGGUUUUUGUCGUCGCCUGUCCCUGUGGCCUUGCCCUCGCCGCGCCCACCGCGCUCUUCGUUGGCGGCGGUCUGGCUGCUCGACAGGGGAUUUUGGUGAAAGGCGGCGGCGAAGCCUUCCAAGAAGCGAGUCGUCUCGACGCGAUCGUGUUCGACAAGACCGGGACCCUCACCGAAGGAGGCAGCCUGCAGGUUUCUGACCAUGAAGAGCUCAUCACCGACCCAGACCUGAUGUCCAUUGCCUGGACCGUCACCCGCAAGCUGGAAGAGAGCAGCAACCACCCCAUCGCCCGGGCCAUCGCCAACUUCUGCCGCGAGAAGCCAUACGCCCAAGUCUCCAGCGUCGACGAGAUCGAGGAAAUUUCCGGUCAAGGCAUGAAAGGCACCUUCACCAUCACCACCAGAAGCCCCAGUGGCACCGAACACCACCACCACCACCAACAACAACAACAACAACAGUUCGAAGCCGCCAUCGGCAACCAACGCCUCCUGCACGCCCUCACCAACACCAACCCCGACGACCCAAGCCUCACCGACCUGACCAACCGGCUCACCCAGCACCAAACCGCCGGCAAAUCCACCGCCAUCCUCCUCCUCCGCUCCCUCACUCCCAACAAUACCAACAACACAAAAAACCCCUUCACCCCGGCCCUCCUCUUCGCCAUAACCGACACAGUCCGCCCCUCCGCCGCCCGCAUCAUCCACGCGCUCCACCGCCGCCAGAUCUCCGUCUACAUGUGCACCGGGGACAACCGCACCACCGCGCUGGCCGUGGCCUCGCAACUGGGCAUCCCGCCCACCCACGUGCAAGCCAACGUCACCCCGGCCGGCAAAGCCUCCUUCAUCCGCUCGAUCCAGAACCCCGCGUCAUCAUCAUCAGCAGACCUCGAAUCCCAGCGCUCUGCCAGCCGGAAGAUCGUCGCCUUCGUCGGCGACGGCAUCAACGACUCGCCCGCCCUGACAGCCGCAGACGUCAGCAUCGCGCUGGCCACGGGCUCGGACGUGGCCAUCAACUCCGCCAGCUUCAUCCUGCUGCACGCGGACCUGGCCGCCAUCCUGCAGCUGGUGCGCCUCAGCCGACGGGUUUUUCGGCGGGUGAAGUGGAAUUUCGCCUGGGCGUUGGUCUACAACUGCUGUCUGGUGCCCGUGGCGGCCGGCGUGUUCUAUCCGCUCGUGAGCGGGCGGAAGCACCCCGCCCCGGGCGCGGUGGUGGCCACGCAUUGGCGGCUGAGUCCCGUGUGGGCGUCGUUGGCGAUGGCGUUGAGUAGUAUCUCCGUCGUGUGUAGUAGUUUGGCGUUGGCGGGGGAGUGGAGGUGGACGGUGAGGAGGGAUCGCAGGGCAGGAAGAGCUUAG